AUGAGCCACCAGAAGAAAGUCAGUCUCAACCCGCAUGAUCUUUGGGGAGUCUUGAACGGUCCCAAGAUGAGUCACAACGGUCCCCAGACCUCUGAGUCAUCCACCCCUGAGAGCAAUGUAUCAAAAAGACCAGCCAACCCUCAGCAGAGUAAGAAAGUCGCCAACCGCCCAAAAGACAUGUCUACUCAAGCAGCUGCACCAAAGCACCAGGCGCCAAAAGAGCUGCCAGAUUUCAUCCAGCAGAGAAAUGCCCUCUUCGACCAGCUGAAGAAAUCACAUGACCAGGAACUGGCCAGCAGGGAUAAACCUGACAUUCAAAUCACUCUCACCCCAACCCCUGGCCAACAGACUACCGUCAAAGGCAAGGCAUGGGAAACAACACCGGGCCAUCUACUGAGAAAUGUCCCCAAGGACCGAGCAGGUCUGAUUGUCGUUGCCAAGGUUGAUGGCCAAGUGUGGGACCUUGACCGGCCGCUUGAGAAGGACAGCAAAGUCGCAUAUCUCACCUUCGACGACCCUGAAGGUCGAGACGUAUUCUGGCAUUCGUCCGCCCACGUCCUAGGGGAAUGUGCGGAGCAUGAAUACGGCUGUCGCCUGUCGCACGGCCCGCCAACUGCGAUGGGUUUCUUCUACGAUAUGGCACUUCCACCUGGGCAGGCUGUACGCGAAGCAGAGUGGCCAUCCAUCGAGAACCGCGCCAAGAAAUUCACGAAGGAGAAACAGGCAUUCGAACGCCUCGAAGUGUCGAAGGAAAACCUACGGAAACUCUUCGGCUACAGCAAGUACAAGAUGCACUACAUCGAGAAAUUCGUCCCGGACGGCGAGUUUUCCACAGUCUACCGUAACGGCACCCUCGUCGAUUUGUGCCAGGGCCCUCACAUCCAGAACACACGAAAGAUCGAAGCAUUCAAGAUCAUGAAGAACAGCUCGGCGUAUUUCCUGGGCGACCAGAACAAUGACAGUCUACAACGUAUCCACGGAGUCGCAUUCCCCAGCAAGCAGCAGCUGAAGGACUGGGAGCACUUUCUGGAGGAAGCCAAAAAGCGCGACCACCAGGCUAUUGGCCAGCAACAGAAGCUGUUCAUGUUCAGCAAGCUAUCUCCCGGAUCGCCUUUCCUCCUUCCUCAUGGAACACGCAUCUUCAACGCCCUCCAAGCCAUGCUCCGCGACCAGUAUUGGGAGCGAGGCUACCAAGAGGUGCAGACGCCCAACAUGUACGAUGUCGAGCUGUGGAAGACAUCUGGCCACUGGCAGCACUACCAGGACGACAUGUUCCGAGUGCAAAUUAAAGAAGAUGCGUCGGACCCGAUCCCUCUGGCAGACAAGACCCCUGACGGCAAGCCCCUUACUCCCGGUGAACCAAAGGACAAAGACAAGGGAGUGUUCGCCUUAAAACCAAUGAACUGCCCAGGACAUUGCCUGAUGUUCCGCGACGAGGAACGCUCCUACCGCGAGCUUCCAUGGCGAGUGGCAGACUUCGGUGUGUUGCACCGCAACGAGGCCUCCGGCGCCCUUUCUGGCCUCACUCGUGUGCGGAAGUUCCAACAGGACGAUACGCAUAUUUUCUGUACGAAUGAGCAAGUCCAACACGAGAUCGAGGCUUUGUUUGAUUUCAUGAAACAUGUGUAUGGGUUGUUCGGCUUCCCCUUCAAGUUCAAGCUCAGCACACGUCCAGAGGGUUACAUGGGCACGAUAGAAGAAUGGGACUCCGCGGAGACCCGGCUGAAACAGGCGCUGCAGAACUUCCGUGGGGAUGACUGGGAACUCAACGAGGGAGAUGGUGCAUUCUACGGACCGAAGAUCGACAUCACCAUCCAAGACGCUCUGAUGCGCGAGUACCAGUGUGCGACGAUUCAGCUCGAUUUCCAGGGUCCGCAGAACUUCAAGCUCGAAUACCGCACCAGUGAGUCUGGCGAAGACGUCUCCAAGCAAGAGAACGAGGCUCGUGAUCCCAAGGCGCCGGGGCCCGGAAUGGCUCGCCCAGUGAUGAUCCACCGAGCCAUUAUCGGUUCCUUUGAGCGGUUUAUCGCAAUUCUCUGUGAGCACUUUGCAGGCAAGUGGCCAUUUUGGCUGUCGCCUCGACAAGUUCUUGUUAUCCCGGUCAUGAAAGGGGCGGAGGAUUAUGUUCGUGAGAUCCAGAGCAUUUUCCACAAGGCACGGAUGUACGUGGAUAUUGACGUCAGCGGGAACACCUUGCAAAAGAAGAUUCGAAGCGGACAAUUGGCUCAAUAUAACUUUAUCUUUGUGGUUGGUGCGAAGGAACAAGAGACGCGCACCGUCAACAUCCGCAACCGUGAUGACCCUGCGACACAGAAAAUGGGCGAGCUGAUUCCCCUGCAAGCAGCGUUGACGCGUCUGAUGGAACUACGAGACCAACGCCGCCUGGAGAGCAAGAUCGACAUGCAUGAGUGA